CGACCAACCAACAUCAUGUGCACCCUCCUCUCUCUACCUAUCGAGUUAUUGCUUCAUAUACUUCAGCUAUCGCUCUUUGGGAAUCCAGAGCCUUCUAAUGUUCUUAGGCUGAAUCGAUACAUCUCCAAGCUCGCCACAGAUAUCUUGUACACCAGCCCGCAUCUGAUCUCUGUGGAAUCCCUGCGCAAGUUUCCCGAAUGUCCAAAGAAGAGACCCAGAGCUCUUGUUGUGGAUUUGGCAGGGGGAGAAGUAGGCGGCGGAGCAUUUCGCCUUAUGUGUCGCGUAUUCGAGAGCUGUCUGCGCGCACCGUGGACCCGAGGUGUAGAAGAACAGCAUGAAGGGUGUGAAGAUUCCGCGAACGAGACACUACCACUCGAAUCGUUGCGGCUCUGUUUGCACUCAACAAACAGCCCAAUCGUCGACGAUGUUUCGCUUGCGGCUCUUAGUCUCGUGAACCCGAAGAUAUUUCUCUGGACAGGCCCCGAUCCUGCACAUCACUUCUCAACAGCGAUCGUACCAGCCGCUUUUGAUAGCCUUGUUCUUCAUUUUCCGUUAUGGUCUUCGCUCCGAGUACUCCACCUCGCCAACGUCGCAUUCUCUCCCACAUUUUCGGCCUCGACACUCAUUCCUCCCAUACCGACGCUCGAAACGAUUCACAUCGGUCAAGCGACCAUCCUCCCGAUCACUCCGCUCGCGGCACUCCUCUUCCACACGGAUGCACGGUCGCUGUCGGCUGUGCAACUCGUUGAUUGUUACGUAGAAAGCAUAUGGGGUCCGCGUAUCAGGCGGCGAGACAUCGAAAGAGCAGCCGUUGACCUUGCGACCGAAGACUUCGGACAUAGGUGUGAAGACAAGCAUACUUCCGCAUACGAUGAGUCUUGUACGGCAGCGAAGGCGCAGCAGGCUGUACAGAGGGUGAGAUGCAUUGUCAGAUGUGAAGUGCUAACGGAGAGGAUCAUCGGCGGAGAUCGAGUAGAAGGGAGCGCGAUCCUGGAAUAGAUGCCGAUUCGACCAACGCCAGCUCUCGCCAGCUUUAGACAUCUGAAAAAAUGGUCAAGUGUCUUCCAUAGGAAUAUCGUACAGCUAGGCUUAUGUCUGUAUGUAAAUUAUACACAUCUGCAAAAACAUGUUGACGCUUUCCC